AUGGAGAAGCUGCUGUGGGUCCUGAGUGUCCAGGACAACAAGGACCUGACCAUGCAGGUCCUUGACGCCUUAUCCCUUAGUUUCAACACCAGGCUGAAGUGGUUUGAGAUAUGCGUUGUCAGUGGCAUCUUCUCCAUCCUUGGAACUGGAUUGCUGUGGCUCCCUGGAGGCAUCAAGCUUUUUGAAGUGUUUUAUACCUCUGGAUAUACUGCUGCCUUAGCCAGUACAUGCUUUUUAAUGGGACCCAUGAAACAACUGAAGAAAAUUUUUGAAACAAAGAGACUGCUUUUAACAAUUAUUAUACUUUCGUUUUUGGUGCUUACACUGUGCACUGCUUUUUGGUGGCAUAAGAAGGGGCUGGCUAUAUUAUUCUGCAUAUUGCAGUUCCUGUUGAUGACCUGGUAUAGUCUGCCAUACAUCCCAUAUGCAAGAGUUGCACUAAUUAAGUGCUGUUCUUCUCUUCUGAGCUGA